GGUUCUCUCCAACGGGACAUAGUUGAGUAAUUUUAUUCAAUGCAUUUGAAUUUUCGAUAAGUGUUUUUCUAGUGAGAAAUUAUAACUGCAGUGUGUUGUUGAAAUGAGCGCUUGGAAAGAUAAUGAAGAGAUCGAAAUAUUUCGUGAAUAUCUGCGUAUACCAAGUGUACAUCCGGAUAUAGACUAUGCACCGACGGUGGAUUUUCUUAAAAAGCAGGCGAAGGAGUUAGGCUUGCCAAUUGCGGUGUAUCAUCCCGGCAGUGUAGACAAGCCAGUUGUCGUAAUUACAUGGGUGGGACAACAACCGGAACUACCGACAAUUAUGUUGAACUCACACAUGGAUGUGGUGCCAGUUUAUCCCGACAAAUGGACCCAUCCACCCUUCGCUGCUGAAAUCGAUGAGGAGGGUCGUAUAUUUGCGCGCGGUUCACAGGACAUGAAAUGUGUGGCCAUGCAAUAUCUGGCAGCGAUACGGGUGUUGCGUAAAAACGGCGUGAGCUUGAAACGCACCGUACACGUGACAUUUUUGCCGGACGAGGAAACCAGUGGUCCAAUGGGUAUGAAGGCCUUUGUGCAGUCCGCAGAGUUCAAAAACUUAAAUGUUGGUUUCUGUUUCGAUGAAGGCAUUGCUUCAGUCGACGCAACAUUUCCAGUUUUCUAUGCGGAAAGAAGUCUUUGGCACGUGCAUUUUAUUAUUAGCGGCACUGCUGGACACGGUUCGUUGUUGCACAAGAAUACUGUUGGCGAGAAACUCAACUAUAUUAUGAAUAAAUUGUUCGAAUUUAGACAACACGAAGUCGAGCGUCUAGAUAAAGAUCCAACUUUGCAGCUUGGCGAUGUCACCACCAUCAAUUUGACCGUUCUUAAGGGUGGUGUACAAAGUAAUGUGGUGCCACCGACAAUUGAAGCGGUGUUUGAUAUGCGUUUGGCAUUGAAUGUGGAACACGAUGUAUUUGAUAGAAAGCUCAAAGCGUGGUGCGCAGAAGCUGGCGGCGGUGUGGAAAUUGUGUAUGAGCAAAAUGAACCCAAGGUUGAAGCUACAAAAAUUGAUAAUACCAAUCCGUACUGGGUAGCAUUUGAGAAAACUAUAAAAGAUUUAAACCUCAAAAUCCAACCACUUGUAUUUCCCGCAGGCACUGAUAGCUUUUAUAUACGCGGUCUAGGCAUACCCGCUAUCGGGUUUUCACCCAUAAAUAAUACACCCGUGUUGUUGCAUGAUCACGAUGAAUUUCUGCAAGCGGAUGUCUACUUAAAAGGCAUUGAAAUUUAUAAAAACGUUAUAACGGCUGUUGCUAAUGUUUAAAAAUAAAAUAAAAAAUACUUUUUUUAAUUGA